AUGAGCCGCAGCCCGCCGCGAGCUCUGCCUCCGGGCGCGCUCCCUCGGCUGCUCCAGGCUGCGCCUGCAGCCGCGCCGCGUGCCCUGCUCCCGCAGUGGCCCCGGCGCCCAGGACGCCGCUGGCCCGCGUCCCCUCUCGGAAUGAAGGUGUUCCGUAGGAAGGCGCUGGUGUUGUGCGCGGGCUAUGCACUGCUGCUGGUGCUCACUAUGCUCAACCUCCUGGAUUACAAGUGGCACAAGGAGCCGCUGCAGCAGUGCAACUCUGACGGGCCGCUGGGUGCGGCAGCGGGGGCAGCCGGAGGCCCCUGGGGGCGCCCAGGGCCGCCUCCGGCCGGGCCGCCCCGUGCUCGUGCCCGUUUGGACCUCCGCACUCCUUACCGCCCUCCCGCUGCCGCCGUCGGGGCGGCUCCUGCAGCCGCGGCAGGGAUGGUGGGGGUUGCGGCCCCUCCAGGCAAUGGCACUCGGGGCACCGGGGGCGUCGGGGACAAGCGGCAGCUGGUGUACGUGUUCACCACGUGGCGCUCUGGCUCGUCGUUCUUCGGCGAGCUAUUCAACCAGAAUCCCGAGGUGUUCUUUCUCUACGAGCCAGUGUGGCAUGUAUGGCAAAAACUGUAUCCAGGGGACGCCGUUUCCCUGCAGGGGGCAGCGCGGGACAUGCUGAGCGCUCUUUACCGCUGCGACCUCUCUGUCUUCCAGUUGUAUAGCCCCGCGGGCAGCGGGGGGCGCAACCUCACCACGCUGGGCAUCUUCGGCGCAGCCACCAACAAGGUGGUGUGCUCGUCACCACUCUGCCCCGCCUACCGCAAGGAGGUCGUGGGGUUGGUGGAUGACCGCGUGUGCAAGAAGUGCCCGCCACAGCGCCUGGCGCGUUUCGAGGAGGAGUGCCGCAAGUACCGCACACUAGUCAUAAAGGGUGUGCGCGUCUUCGACGUGGCGGUGUUGGCGCCACUGCUUCGAGACCCGGCCCUGGACCUCAAGGUCAUCCACUUGGUGCGUGAUCCCCGAGCGGUGGCGAGUUCACGGAUCCGCUCGCGCCACGGUCUUAUCCGUGAGAGCCUACAGGUGGUGCGCAGCCGAGACCCGCGAGCUCACCGCAUGCCUUUCUUGGAGGCCGCGGGCCACAAGCUUGGCGCCAAGAAGGAGGGCAUGGGUGGCCCUGCAGACUACCACGCUCUGGGCGCUAUGGAGGUCAUCUGCAAUAGUAUGGCUAAGACGCUGCAGACAGCCCUGCAGCCCCCUGACUGGCUGCAGGGCCACUACCUGGUGGUGCGGUACGAGGACCUGGUGGGAGACCCCGUCAAGACACUACGGAGAGUGUACGAUUUUGUGGGACUGUUGGUGAGCCCCGAAAUGGAGCAGUUUGCCCUGAACAUGACCAGUGGCUCGGGCUCCUCCUCCAAGCCUUUCGUAGUAUCUGCACGCAAUGCCACGCAGGCCGCCAAUGCCUGGCGGACCGCCCUCACCUUCCAGCAGAUCAAACAGGUGGAGGAGUUUUGCUACCAGCCCAUGGCCGUCCUGGGCUAUGAGCGGGUCAACAGCCCUGAGGAGGUCAAAGAUCUCAGCAAGACCCUGCUUCGGAAGCCCCGUCUCUGAAAGGGGUUCCCAGGAGACCUGAUUCCCUGUGGUGAUACCUAUAAAGAGGAUCGUAGUGUGUUUAAAUAAACACGGUCCAGACUCAAACGGAGGAAGCCCACAUAUUCUAUUAUAGAUAUAUAAAUAAUCACACACACACUUGCUGUCAAUGUGUUGAGUCAGUGCAUUUCAAGGAAUAGCCACAAAAUACACACACACCCCUCAGAAAAGGCAAGACUUGAACGUUCUGACCAGGUGCCCCUCUUCUUCUCUCCUUUGCCUUCUCUUGUCCUCUUUCUCCUAUUUCUUACCCCGUCCUCCACCUGCCUUCCAUUUUGAAGUGGGAUGUUAAUGAAAUCAAGUUCCAGUAACCCAAAUCUUGUUUACAAAAUUUUCGUGGUAUCUGUGAACAUGUAAGAGUAAUUUGGAUGUGGGGGUGGGGGUGGAGAAAGGGGAAGUGGUCCAGAAACAAAAAGCCCCAUUGGGCAUGAUAAGCCGAGGAGGCAUUCUUCUAAACUAGACUUUUGUGUAAAAAGCAAAGGUUACAUGUGAGUAUUAAUAAAGAAGAUAAUAAAUAAUAUUCUUUUUUA